AUGAAUGACCUGAAAGGUCAACAGAACCCGCUCGGACAACCGAGCUCGAAGAGAGAACCAGAAUUCUCGAAAUGGAAAUGGGUAAAAUCCUUGCCCGCCUGAUCCCUGAUGACCCCUUGAUUCCAUUGUUGAACAGGGAUGCACAACCAGCUGCGGUUGUUGCAACUCGAAACUCCCCUGCUCUGAGCAACAUAGUGGUGCCGACUAGGCCGAGGGGAAGCGGGAAGCUAAAUAACGAGCCCAGCUCGUCCAAACAUAGUGAAGAACUGAUGAGGAAAAAUGCAGACCUAGAAAGACAGCUAAGGGACAUACAGAAAUCUAUCGACGAGCUGAAAAGUCCUAGGUCGCACCAACAGACUCUUGAUUUGGAUAGUGCUCCUUUAAACCUAUCCAUCACAAUAGAGCCGUAUCAAGAGGGAUUCAAAAUUCCCCACCUGGAGACAUGUGAUGGCUCGGGCAACCCUGAUGAACAUCUGCACACUUAUCAAGCCAUCAUGAGAAUCCAAAAUGCCAAUGAUGCCAUGAUGUGCAAAGUGUUCCCAGCAACACUUAAGUCGACAGCCAGGAGAUGGUAUCACAAACUCCCCAGACAUUCCAUAGACUCAUAUUCCCAGCUUGCCAAGCUAUUCUCCAACAAAUUUGUGAGCCAAAGGGAGAUUAAACGUACAGCGACCAAACUAAUGCAGCUUGGUCGGUUUUUGGAUGACCUGCUGGAGAAUCCACCCAAGUUGUGGAAUGACAUAAAUGACAGGUCGGCAAGCUUUAUAUUAUCCAAAGAUUUUCAAUCUUCUAAGAGACGGGCUGAUGACAAGCAAGGAAAAGAGCCCAAGCAGCCUGAAAACAGAGAUGACAAGAAGAAACAGAAGGUCAAGAGACCCCCUCCACAAACGCAUGAUUCUUCACGAGCUGACAGAAGCAAAUACUACGACUAUCACCGUGUCUACUGCCAUAACACAGAAGACUGUCAGAGUCUGAAGGACGAGCUCGAAUUCUUGGCUCGCAAUGAAAAAUUGGAGGGGUAUGUGCAGAAACCUUUUGUUCGGCAACCAACCCAGACCCACUUUGUACAAGAGUACGGCCGAUCUCAAGCACCUGGAUAUCAGCUUAGUAGCAAUCAAAAUUCUUACCAGGCAGGUCCGUACUCAUCUAAGCCGAACAAAGCAUACAAGGGACGCCCGUUCAAUAGGUGUGGGCAAGGACCGAAGGCAUCUGCACAGAACCAAAAGGACCAUAGAGGGGUUGGGUAUGGUGGAAUACCCUCGCCAUCUGGCACAAUCAAUAUGAUCUCUGGUGAAGUGGAGUGGGACAAUGCUACCAUUACGUUUAGUCCGACAGAUUACCAGCGAGCAGAAGGGGAGUCCGAUGUCGUGAUGCCUCAUGCAGAUCCCUUUGUAGCAACAGUCUAUAUAGGCAAUCAUAACGUCAAUAAGGUUUUCAUUGACACUGGUAGCUCCCUCGAUAUCCUGUAUUGGAGCUGCUUCCAAAAGAUGCAGCUGAACCCCAACUCGUUACAAAAAUAUGAUGGGCCUAUCUAUGCGUUUGAUAAUCAACUUGUCCCAGUGGAGGGAGUAAUUACACUUCCCAUUUAUGUGGGUUCAGAACCACGCUUCAAGAUGGCUUCAGCCAGCUUCUUGGUCAUCAAAAUGGAGUCAGCUUUCAACGCCAUAUUAGGAAGGGCUACUCUGUGCGAGCUGAAGGUUGUUAUCUCACAACCCCAUCUCUGCAUGAAAUUCCCAACGCCUCAGGGGAUAGGAGUGCUAAAGGGGAAUCAAAAGAUGGCUAGAGCAUGUUAUCAAGAUACAUUUAAGAAGGUUCAGCUCGUUGUAGCCCCGAGAGGCUUUGGAAGUAGUAGGCCAACUCAGCCCGGCCAGCAAACAAUGGGCAUAUCGGACAUUGAGCAUAGACCUGAGGGUGUCGAGCAGAAAGCAAAGCCGGUAGAGCCAGUAGAAACCAUUCCUUUAAACCCUAAUGUGCCGGAAAGAACAGUCAAGAUCGGCACCAAGCUCACAAAAGAAGAACGAGCAGAGCUUCUGGAGUUUUUGAGGGUCAAUCAAGAUGUGUUUGCGUGGACUACGGAUGAAAUGCCUAGCAUCCCUACAGAAUUGACAGUCCACAAACUCAUCACGGACCCCACCAAAAGGCCGGUGGUGCAGAAACGUCACCUUUUUGGCCCGGAGAAGCAGGCUGCUAUAGAUGAAGAAAUACAAAAGCUGCUACAGGCAGGCUCCAUCAGGAGAGUGGAAUACUCUGAGUGGGUAUCCAACCCGGUGCUCGUUAAAAAACCAAAUGGCAAGUGGAGGAUGUGUAUUGACUUCACCAACUUAAAUGAGGCAUGUCCAAAAGACCCUCAUCCCUUGCCUAAUGUGGAGAAGCUAGUAGAACGGGCAACCGGGCAUGAGCAGAUGAGUUUCCUUGACUCUAGCUCGGGGUAUCACCAGGUUCAGUUACUGUUGGAUGACCAGGAGAAAACAACUUUCUAUGCUGGUGACGCAAUCUACUGCUAUGUCAUGAUGCCGUUUGGCUUGAAAAAUGCUGGCGCUACAUAUCAGAAGCUGGUGCAAAUCAUCUUCAAGCUACAGAUUGGCAGGAACAUAGAAGUAUAUGUGGAUGACAUGAUAGUCACCAGUGUACGAGCUGAGGAUCAUAUAGACGACCUGAGUGAGACUUUUCAAAACUUGCGCCGAGCCCAAAUGAAGCUGAAUCCCUUGAAGUGCAUGUUCGCUAUAGAAUCAGGAAAAUUCCUAGGGUACGUGGUAUCCAAGAAGGGAAUUGAAGUGAACCUAGAGAAGGUUCUUGCCGUUCAGCAGAUGGAGCCUCCCAAGACUGUAAAGGAUGUGCAGCGCCUGACAGGUCGUGUAGCCGCGUUGCACAGAUUCAUAGUCAGGUCGGCAAAAAGGUGCCUACCAUUUUUCAAAGCCUUGCGAGAGCCCAAGCAUUUUCAAUGGACUAACGAGUGUCAGCGGGCGUUUGACGAGCUCAAGCAGUACCUGGCAUUUGCACCCCUGCUGUCCAAGCCUGUGGAAAGGGAGAGUUUAUACCUAUACAUGGGGGUUACAGGAGAGGCAGUGAGCUCAGUCUUGCUUAGGGAAGAGAAUAAGAAUCAGAAGCCCAUCUGCUAUGUGAGCAAGGUUUUACAAGGUGCAGAGCAAAACUACCCAUUAGCAGAAAAGGCUGCCUUUGCCCUGGUUUACACAGCCCGUAAGUUGAGGGCUUACUUCCAAUCACAUCAUAUUGUUGUCUAUACCGACUUGCCAUUGAGAAAAAUACUGAAAAAACCUAAACUCUCUAGUCGACUUAUUGGAUGGAGCAUCGAGUUGAAUAAAUAUGACCUCAAAUUUCAGCCGCGCAUAACCAUAAAAGGCCAGGCCGUUGCAGACCUUCUGGUGGAGUGCAUCCCAGUGACAAAGGAAGAAAAAACACCUGAACACCCAGUCUGGGUUUUGCAUGUUGAUGGAGCUGUUAACGUUGAAAGAUUGGAAUAUGAAGCCCUCAUUUACGGAUUGAAGCUGGCGUCCGAGCUGAAGGUACAAAGCAUUCAGGUUUUUAGCGACUCUCAGCUCGUUGUGGGCCAGAUAACCACCGAGCUAUCAAAGUUGGCCUCCUCGCAGGACCUUAACCCUCAGAGAUCAACAAUUGUCGGGGUACUUGACACCCCGAGCUACACCGAUCUCACAGUCGAGUGCCAGCUGCUAAGCACAGACCCCUCCUCACCAAGCUGGACUACCCCGCUCAUGAAUUAUCUACGAAGUGGCGAGCUACUUGAAGAUUCGUCCGUUGUAAAGUGGGUCAGAUGCAGGGCGGCGCAUUUCACUUUGAUAGAUAAUCAACUUUACAAACGAGCAGCCUUAAUGCCCUUAUUACGCUGCCUCACUCCUUAUGAAGCUGAAUACACCGUGAGGGAAGUUCAUGAAGGAGUAUGUGGUACACACAUAGGAGGCAAGACUUUAGCUCGGAAACUCCUUAGGCAGGGGUAUUACUGGCCAACUAUGGUUGAAAAUGCACAGAAUUAUGUCAAGAAGUGCCCGACCUACCAGUUCAACGCUGACAAUAUCCACAUGCCAGGAGAAAUGCUCUCAUCACUUUCAUCUCCUUGGCCUUUUGCUCAAUGGGGAGUCGACUUGCUCGACCUUUUCGUGAAAGGCAAAGGAGUAUGCACCUACCUUGUUGUCACGGUAGAUUAUUUCGCCAAGUGGAUAGAAGCUAAACCAUUGUCCACGACAACAGAAAGGAAAAUAGAAGAAUUCCUAUUCAAUUCAAUAUUAUGCAGGUUUGGCAUACCUAAACGAAUCAUAGCUGACAAUGGUCUGCAGUUCCGAGCCACAACACUGAGGUCGUUUUGCAAUGAUUAUGGAAUUGAGCUCACCUUGACAUCUGUGUAUACUCCACAAUCCAAUGAGCAAGCCGAGUCUGCCAAUAAAAUCGUCUUGCGCGGCCUCAAGACGCGUGUUUUGGCUACACAUACUAAUUGGGUUGACGAGCUCAAUAAAGUGCUUUGGUCAUGCCGCACUACACCCAGCUCGGCCACAGGCGAAACCCCGUUUAGUUUGGCAUAUGGAGCUGAGGCCGUCAUCCCUAUCGAGGUUGGAUUGCCAUCUGAUAAAUCAGAUCAUCAUGACGAUCAUAAUAAUGGGCAACUCUUAAGAGAGAACCUAGACCUAGUGGAGGAAGUCAGGGAGAUGGCUCGAAUUAGAAACAUGACGCACCAAAGUCGUGUUGCAAUGUUUUAUAACAAAAGAGUUCGAGCCCGUCAGUUUCAGGUCGGUGAUCUAGUUCUGCGCAAAGCUGGAUUAACUAAUACUUAUUCGCACAUGGGCAAGCUCGCUCCUAAUUGGGAAGGCCCUUAUAUGGUUAUUAAUAUUAAGCGACCUGGGUGUUACCAACUAGCAGAUUUACAAGGUCAUCCGUUACCAUUCAUCUGGAACAUACACAACCUUAGAAAGUUUUACACUUAACAUUUUGAUGUUAUUGUCUUAAUUCAAAUUAUCGCCAAUCAAAUGUAAAGAGCAAUGUAUAGAACAAUGCAUAGCAAUAUACACAGAAAUCUUGAAACAAAAGAUUCGAAUUUGUAUUUCAUCAAUGAAUUUUUACAUGUGUA